AUGGCGCAGCAUCAACACCUUAAAAGAAAAGGAGGUGCUGAUCCUGAUCAUCAGAUGUCAAGAAAUCAUGCCCCUCCUCCUCUAAGUAUUGAAGUGCCUAAAAUGAGAGAUCUUCCAGACAAGUCAAACCCUUGGAGUGAUGUCCAGCUUCCUGUUGACAUUCUUUUGUUGACAGUAGAAGACUGCGAGUUUUUAGCCUGUUAUGCUUUCUUGAAAAAUUCUUUUAAAAGUUAUGACCAGAAUCUGGGAUUCGUGUACUUUGGGGCCAUGGGUGAAACUGGAGAAGAGGCACUGAAAGUUGCUUUAAUGAAAUGUUAUAAAGGUUCUUCUGGUCCAGGUGGCUCUCAAAAUGUUAUUAAAAAUGCCGUGAUGCAACUGAGACCCAAGGCUUCUUUUUUGGUUGGCAGCUGCCAGGGUAUAGACCCAGAACACACCAAACGAGGAGAUGUAGUGGUAUCCUCUAAACUUUCAACUGAACAAUUCACAACUCCAGUAAGAAGAAAUAUUGGCAACCUUAUCUUGUUUUCAGCUGGAGGCUGGAUUCCACCAUUAAAAGAUCCAGUAGGUGAAGAAACAGUACAGGUACACCGUGACAGUGACAUAUUCAGUGGUAGACAAUUUAUCACCAAACAACGCCGUAUGUCUCAAUCUCGUGUGAUUGCAGUUGAAACAGAAGGGGAAGGUAAGAUUAUAUACAUAUUUAACUAUUACAACAAUUUGAUGUAGCAUUCAAUUUGAGGUCUAGAGUAAAACUCGAAAUAAAUUGUCCUUUUUGACAACUGAGCUUAUAUGACCAUGGGAAAUCACAGUACUUUACUGGUUUGUUGACCACAAUUGGCAAUGUUGUCAGUGAUCAAUUAUAGGGUGCAAACAAGUCUCUUAUGGUAUUCAUAAUUCAUACGUCAACCAAUAUGUGUUUACAUUAAAAUAUUUUGGAGAAGUAGUUCACAAGUUAAAUAUUUUGCAAGGGAACAUAAAUUAAGCUUAUUAAAACACAGUAAAAUUUAGUCAUUACACUGUAGAGAAAAAUUUACAGCUUUGCUAGAUUCUUUCAUGUUCACACAGGACUGGACAAAGCUUUUAAGUAAGAGCCAAGGCUGCAAAGAAUCACCUUUUAUUGAUCUGUUUUUCUUACCACUUACAGGACUGUUUGCUGCAGCUCAAGAUAUGAACAUUGAAUGGGUGAUUGUUAAAGGGAUAUCGCAUUUUUCUGAUGAUAGCAACACCCCUGAUGAGCCCUGGAAGUCAUUUGCUUCCAUCAUGGCAGCUUCUGUUGUGUCCAACAUGUUAAAUGAUCCAGUUGUUUUUAAAGAAUGGCCUCACUAUCAAGGUAUGCAACAUCCCUGUUCUAAUGAGUGAUAAUAAAUAAAUUAUUAAUAGUGAUGAAUUUUCUGUUCAGAUAAUUAAUUAUUUUUAUGUUGGCUGGUUCAAUUAAUUAUCCUUGAAAAAACAAUUGUCAAAUGACAGCCUGCAAAUAUCAGUAGAUGGAGUGACUUUUCUCCGAAAGCAUACUGUAUAAGUUUUGUUGAGUUCGUUAAAUAAUGACUAAACACCUCCUAUCUAUUAAAUGCCCCCAAUGUUUCAAGUUCUUUUUUCUGUUUGAGACUGGCUGAAAUACAUACAUUAAUAUUAAAAUACCAAUAACAAAGGCCAAAAGUAAAAUUUGUUUUGAGGGGUUUUCAAAUUUAUAACACUUUUUUUCUUCACAGACUUGACAGCAAAGAAUCAGCAAGAGACAACCACAAAGCCAGCCAAACAGAUGCCAGGUACUAUUCCAUCAAUUUUUUACACUACUACAAAUCCAGGAGUUUUUCCAGGUUAAUGAUUGAACACUGGUUUCACUAAUAUAAACAUUAAUCUUUUAAAGUUGUUUGUCACAUCUGUCAGCCCUCUUGCACUUUUUUUUUCACAAAAUAAUAAUAUUGAAAUAAGACAGGUCUUUGCCAAAGAGAGCAGUCCCUUUUUGUCUGAUAUUUAUUCCCUUCCCCCACUAAAAUUUGGUGACAAAGCCGUUUGAAGCCAGUCAGGCCGCUUUCUGGUCAGAUCUAGCCAAAAAGAACCAAAACUGCCCAAAAUACUGUAUUUCCUCAAAUUAUAAUAGCCGGGGCGAUUAUUUCUUUUUUCGCCUCAUUAAGGAAGCAAUCAUUUGAGGGAGGCGAUCAUUUCAAAUAUUGCUCACUGGAAGUCGUACCCUAAAUAUUUUGUUUUAUUAUCCCAUUAAAUCAAAAAAUUAUCUCAUCAAAUAAACUGAAUAUGGGCUUUUUAAGUGUUCCAAAUUUGGUUCCUUGAUUGUAAUUUUCAGAGCUUAAAUCGUCACUGAUCAGUUUUGCUGGAUCAGAUUCCACUUCAACUUGACAGGAAGGGGAUAAAAGAAGUGAAGAUGGCAUGAGGGGAGGGGAGGGGGGUGAUUAUUCGAGGGAGGUGAUUAUUUUAAAUAUUUCCAUCAAAGAGGGGCGAUUAUUCUAGCCGGGAGGCGAUUACUCGAGGGACGGCUACUAUUCAAGGAAAUACGGUACUUUAAAUUGAACACCACGCUGCCUUUGGUUCCUUAUGCUAAUUAAUGUCAGUUUUGUUUUGAAAAGUGACGCAAACCACUCAACUUUUCCCUUUUCGCUUCCUUGCCCCAAUUGUUUUCCCUUAAUGUUGGACAUAAAUAUUACUAAGGCUUCAUUUUGGUGAGACAGACAUUGUUUUAAGUGAAACAAGAUUCCCUUAUCUUCUCGAAAACCUUCUCGACUUUGUUUCAGUUGUCUUUGAGUUAUGUGUAAAGGCCUCUAUUAAUUUAGGAAUUGCCCAGUUUAAUUGAANGAGACAGACAUUGUUUUAAGUGAAACAAGAUUCCCUUAUCUUCUCGAAAACCUUCUCGACUUUGUUUCAGUUGUCUUUGAGUUAUGUGUAAAGGCCUCUAUUAAUUUAGGAAUUGCCCAGUUUAAUUGAAAUUAAAGUGAUGUUGCGGAAGGGGGUCCACUCCCAAACUUUCCGCUGGUGUAGUAUAUUCUAUUGUCUUCCACCAAACACCACUAAAAAGAUUAUAAAAGGAAAGAUCAGUAAGACUUGCUUGCUGACUUAAAUCCACUGCAUGGACAAUAUCAAAUGAUCACUGGGUCAUUCCUGGUGCUGUUUCCUUUCAUUAAUUUCUAUUAUUUUAUUCAUGAUAUUUGUGCAAAUUGACUCAGUCCACCCCUCUUGUAAAAAAAUAUAUAGUUAUUAAAAAAUUCUUAUUGGAAAUGAUAAAAUAUUCUUGAUAAUAGAUUCUGUAUGCCUUGGGGAGUGCCAGAAACAGCUGCGAUCACUUUAUGAAACCAGUAGUAGUAAAGUCAGAAUCAUUCCAUGGGACCAGAACUCUGCUGUGGAUAUUGAUGAGAUCUACACAGACUUGUCUUGGGUCAAGGAUCACAGGACACCCAGGGGAGUGAUACGAGAAAAGCUUGACCACUACACUAAGAUUUUUGCUGACAGAGAACCUCGUCGUGCACCCAAGCGAAUUUUGGUUUAUGGACAACCAGGUAAGUGAGUGAAUGAAGUAAAAAAAAUUAAUUGUCUUAAUUUAACUCACAGGAGGAUAAAAUAUAAGUACAAGCAAAAAUCACAUACGAUAACAGUAACACAGAAACCAUAAUUAAUCAACACAAGGUGUUAGCAAAUGCAAUGUGUCAGUAAGUGAUGUGAUGCAGGUUUCUUGAGUGUUUUGCUGGCAUGUACAUUCCAAGUGGGGUAAUUUUUUACCAUGCUGUCAAACCCAAUGGAAAGUUUGGUCUGUGGCUGUUAAAAAUAAAUUAAAAGUUUAAACAAAGUUUUUCUGUUAAUCAUUCUGAUAAUAAACAAUAUUUAAUUGGCCUUAGAGCUUUCAGUAUUUGUGACUCAAUUUUAUCUAAAAUUCACCUUCUUUAAAUGUAUGGUAAAGGGUAAAACUAAAAUAAAAAGUAUUCCAAGGAUAAAAUUGCACCACAGCCUUUACAAUAGACUAUAAUCACUGGCAGUUUGGCCCAGUUGUUUGAAGGCUGAAUUGCAUGCACCAUAGUCUCUCCAACGCAGUGUCUGGAAAUGGUCCUGUCCCUGGCGAAUAUGAUAUUGCGCGGAAAUAGAAAAGAGAAAGUUGAAGAGACUAUGCGUGCACUAACUUGGGCCCAGUUGCUCGAAGGCCGAUUAGCGCUUAACCCGGGUUUCUUUUUCUGUGUUCAAAAGCAUUUUCUCGGAUAAUUUUCUCUGUUAUUUUUGAGCUUCCAAUCAUCAACUUGUGGACAAAAAGAAUUAAAACUGAAAUGCUUUUUAAGCUUUCACAUCUGAAUCCAAAUCUAGAUAACGUCUUUAAACCCAGCUUUGAACAACUCGGCCUAAGAGUUAAAUUUUAACCCAAGUUUGUAUUUCUUUUUAUCAAAAGCAGUUUCUUGGAUAAUUUUCUGUAUUCUUUUUAGAGUAUCUAAUCAUCAUAUUGUAGACAAAAAGAAUUAAACUGAAUUUGCUUUUGAAGCUUCUGAAUUUAAAUGUCGCACUAACCCUGGGUUAUCCUAACCCAACUUUGAACAACCCGCCCCUAAAUAGUCUGGGCAGGAAUGAUUCAGUUCCAUUGUCUUUAUCAUGAAUAAUUUUUAAUAUGUAAAUGAGAUACCGUAAAAUUCCGAAAAUAAGCCCCUCCAAAUAUAAGCCCCCCAAACCGGUAACCCAAAAAACCCUCCGUUAAAUCGCCCCUCCAAAUAUAAGCCCCCCGGGGGCUUGUACUUGGAAAAUUGCCCCCAAAUACAAAGUAAAACAAAGCAAAAACGGUAAAUUUACUUCCAACUAUAAAGCUUAAGCCCUAUCGAUUUUGAAACGCAAAUUUCCCUCCGUAGAUAAGCCCCUCCGAAUAUAAGCCCCUCCAAAAAUAAGCCCCUCAAAAAGGGCCUUUGAAAAAUAUAAGCCCCGGGGCUUAUUUUCGGAAUUUUACGGUACCGUUAUCGAUGAAUGUAACUUUCAUCUUUAAUCAAAGCUAUAACAAUUCCAAAAUCCCCCAUUGGACACAGGGAAAACUUAUUUUCGGCAUAACUUUAGAGGCAAAGGCCACCCAUAUGUUGUUCACUCUGCUUAAACUUAAAAAAAAGUUUAAACAUAAUUCCGGAAAAAAAAAAAAAAAAAUAGUAAUAUAAUAAAUAAUUUCAAAGUUUUAUGAAAAUUAUAAAAUCACAUUUCAAUAUUUUAGAUUUCACGUCACAUGACUUCACGUGGUAAAAGUAAAACAAAUCUGUUGAAGACGUAUUGACAGUUUGUUCAUAUUGUCACAUAGGUAUCGGCAAGACUGUUUUCACGAAGAAAGCAACUUUUGAUUGGUCCCAGCAGAGGUAUUCAAAAACAUUAGGAGAAUUUGAUCUUGUCCUUCUGGUGAGAUUACGUGACGUUAGUAAUCUCCAAGAUGUUCCGUCCAUUCUGGGGGCUUCUGAAGUGCUGGAUAGUGAUGGUGCAAUUUCCGUAGACAACCUGUAUGAUUACGUUCGUCGCCACCAAGAAAAAGUCUUGCUUAUCUUGGACGGCUACGAUGAGUAUGUUUACAGUUCAAGAAACGAGUCGCCUAUCUUCAAAAUCUGGAAAAAAAGCAAAUUAAGAGAUUGUUGUGUUGUAAUUACUUCACGCGAAAUGAAAGCUGAGACGUUGAAAAGUUUUAGUGAUGUUCAAAUCAAAAUUGACGGCUUCAAUCGUCAACGUCAAAAAGAGUUCGCUCGUAGAUUUUUGAAAGAUGUUAGAGACUUUUUCAAAUACUUGGACGAGCACGACCUAACCGAAGUAGCACAAAUUCCUCUAUUGCUGCUAAUGUUGUGCUUACUCUGGACAAAAACAAAACGCGAAGAACUACCAAAGGAACGCGCAGACAUAUUCGACCAGUUUGUCAAGACUUUGUUUGAUCACUUGCGUGAAAAACAGUCUGCUGAAUCAGUGGUUGUUAAAGAUUACUCAGCUGAAUUAUACGCAUUAGGACGCUUGGCCUUUGAAGCCCUUUUGCAAGGCCAGCUUUAUUUCCCUGUUAGUCAGUUACCUAGCUACAGUUUGAUUGAGAGGCUGAUUGAAGUCGGCCUUUUUCAGGUUUUAAAUAUGGCGAGUUUGAAUACUGAAAAAGGCGUGUACUUUAUUCACAAAUCCGUACAAGAAUACCUGGCUGGGAAUUUCCUGAAAAAAGAGCUGACAUAUAAAAAGGCUGAAAGUACAAAUUCCCUCUUGAAGUUGGACUCAGUUGAAAAGAUCCGAGAGACGAUUGAGGUUUUAAAAUUUGCUGCUCAGUUGUCAGAAGAAGCCGCGCGCGAGAUUGUGAUUCACCUUGGAAUGAAGAGCGGACUAAAAGAGUUCAAAUUCGACAACGAAACACCGUCACAGGAGGAAUUGUCAGAAGAACAAACAGAUUUUAUUGAUCUUUGUAAUAAGGUCUUUUUCAACUUCUCAGCUGAGACAAGAAAAAACCUCUUUCCUACAUUUCUUUCCUCUUUAGGAGGAGUUCUUGUAAUUGAUAAAAAGCAGCUAAAUGUUAUCGUAAAAGAAAAAUUAGUUCAAACUACCGUAAAAACACCCAACUACAUUUUUUUUAAUGAAUCCUAUUGGUAUACAGAGCAGGACUAUAGUAAUUUAAUAAUUUUAUUACAACAAUUAAACGCAGUUAUUGUUAGCUCUGUAGGAGAAAAGAAAGCAUCAGAAUUUUUAAGCAAUUUAACAUGGCGUAGGAUUGAUGAUUUUUUUUUAAAGAAAGAAGAAAACAACACUCACCUCUAUUUAGCUGAAAUUUUUAAAGAUGCAUUCGAAGAUAUUCCUUUUCCUUUUGACGUAAUUAAGGCACUAAUAAGUAAACAAGAGACAACAAAGAAGACAAACAUGAAUGGUGAUGAGUCAAGUGAAGAGAGCAGCAACAGCUGUUGUUCAAAGCGUCAUGGACUCUCCAGAGUUCGAGGGAUUAAAGUUUAUCGGGUGAACAGGUCAGAUGUGGAACUGCUGAGUGGGAUGAUGCCGUUUAUCACCGCUCCACAGUGGAUAAGGGUUGUGGGUAAAGACGGUGAAGUGUACGAUGCUGAGUUAAUAGAGUCUCUAAUGAGGAGCAUCCCAACAACACACAAUCUGAAGAUCUUAAUACUCCGAGUUAUCAGCGUAACAUCAUCACCUGCUGUGGAGUUCAUCGACAGAAUCUUCAGACAAGCUCCAAACUUGGAGGAGCUCGACAUGUCAUGGAAUCCUCUUCCAGGUGCAGGAGUAGACAGCAUCAUUAAACAUCUCAGCUGCGCUCCUCACCUGAAGUAUCUGGGGCUUUACGGUGUGAUGAUGACUCCACAGCAGGUGAAGGAUCUCGCAUCAGCUGCACAGCGGCCGGGCAACAUCACUAAACUGCGGUCAAACUACCACGUAAGUUUUCCAAUUUUAUCGCAAUUUGUUUCGUUAUUCUUUCUUUACAGUUUAUUUCUACUCAGCCCUUGCCUUUCGCCAUUUUCCUUUCUUUGUCAUUUUUAUACUCGACAAAACACGACAUUUCCUUUUGAAAACAAAUCACAAACUUUAGCAGAUUCAAAGUAUCAUUUCAAAUUCAUUCCUUUCAAUUGAUUAAACUAAAUCCAAAAAAAUGUUUUAACCGAGUGCACUGUGCAAAAUAAUGGAUCAGCGAGCAGAUAUGAAAUUUCUGUUCGAGCCUGGUUCAACUCGAUAUGAGCCCACUUAACAAACUUAACAAUACUUUUUGUAAAAUUAACAGUUAAUGAAUGAGGCUGAGUAUCUUAUGAAGAAUUAUGGAGAUGGAGGAAGGUGUUAUCCGUCGAGACCGUAGCAGGCUCUCCGGCGCUCUGGCGUCGGGGCGGGAAAAGGAAGGAGAGCUUGCAACUAUGUCUCUGGAAUUUGAAUAUCUGCAUCGAAAAAGUCGAUGCGAAAUGCUGAUUGGCGGAGAUGACCUUAGUAAUGACGUCAUUACCCCGCACGUAUUUUUAAUGUUUGUUUACAUUUGCGCUCCUUUUCACUUCGCGCUGAUUGGCGGAAAUCCGACAGCUGAGUCGAAAGGGAGUCACAGGGGAAUUGGAGGUGAAUUCAAACUCCAGAGACGUAGUUGCAAGCUCUCCUUCCUUUUCCCGCCCGACCGUCAGAGCGUCCCGAAGAGCUUGCUCGCAGGCUAAAAGAGGCUGUUCAUAUUUUGUAAUUAACGAAGGACAUCAAGGGCAUGAAAACCAUUACAUUCUCUCUUUAAAACCUCCCUUUUCUCUAUGAAGGGCUUCUUUCUGUUUGAAAUGCCAUGUUUAACAUCACCUUAUUGUAAUGAUUAUGAGUGGUAAGUGAGUGUUGUGUUUUUUUGUCAGGCUGAUUCCUUAUCUGAAUUUGAAGAUGCAUCUGAGACUGAUCAUGAGGAAGAGUGGGUGAGUAAUCGACUCUAAAACACAAUGUUCAGCCGAGUGUUUUUCACGAAUUUUUAACAGUUGAUGGGUUGGGUUUGUUAGUAUUUACUUGAUUGUUUGUUUGUUUGUUUUUUUACUUUUUCUCGGCCAUGUUUUAUCAGAUUUAAAAACUUGUCUUAAAUUUUAAUUUAAUUUGAAUUUUCUUAAUAAAGUGUUGUUGAUGUUUUUUUAAGUUUUAUGGUAUGACUUUAAACGUUACUCUUCCUGAUAUCGAAGAUUUUUGAUACAGAUUCACUUUUUUAUCAACAAGACUUGCGUCAAUUAUUUGGUUCCUUUAUCAGGGAAAAUAGUGACACUGUUAGAAGAUUAGAUUUACUAUGGCAUUUUCAAUUCUUAUUGACUUGAAUCAGGGACUAAAACUCUCGUUGUGUACAUGAAGACUGAAAUAACGAUCCUAAAAGAUAAUAAAUGGAUGGUGUAUAGUGUUAAGUGUGUGAUUUGUAGCAGGAACGGGAAGGAAUCAUGCAGUCUGAAGAAGAAACAGCUGAAGAAAUGUCAGAUAUUCACACCUAUCAUCACAGGGCACCAUCCACCAUCUUUACAUGACAUGACAGGAGAAUGUCAACGUUCUCACUGCACUGAGUAGAGCCUCGUUAGGCAUUUUAAGCAAACAAAGAGCUUGAGGCUUAGAACCGACCAGUCAACAGAAGAUUGGUUCGGAGACUGAGGUUCUGUCUUUGUAAAAGAGUUUCUUUUUGCGUAAUCAUCUCAUUGGCUUAUCAACUCCUGUCCUGUUCCAGGCGUUCAGAUAGUGGAAAGUGCCACUCUCCACUAUCUAAAAGCCUGGAACAGGCUCUGAUCAACUCUUGUUUUCUUCUACCAUUUGCACAGAUUCUGGCAGAGACUCGCCUCAGUAUUGACGACUCACCAUUCUUCGCUCACGAACAAGACACCGUGGGAACAUUUCCAGCACCUCCUGAUCCCACUGGUAAGGUUUAUUGUCCCCUCCCCCCGCAAGUUCCAAGUUCUCUGCCUUCCCAGUUACAGCUGUAACAAAUUUAUUGGCGAUUAAAGCCCUGAUCACUAACUAUAUACAUAAGUUCGUUGCGGUCAGACGUCAGUUUUCUUUUGUGAGAUUUCGUACAUUUUAAAUAAUUGCGGUGUAGACGUGCGACAAGUUUCCGUCGUCACAUCUCGUCCGUAAUUUCGGUGAAAGAAAUCGGACGUCAAGGACUAUGUUUAUUCAUUAGUCUGUUUAUAGACAAAAAGGGUAUUCUACGUAUUACUACCCGGCAUGAGUAUUUUACGGACCAGGCCUUGCUGCCACAUACAGAAACGAAAAGUAUGUUAAUAGUUAGGACAGUCACUGAGGAAGUUUAAAAGGAAAAGAUCCUCUUUCUCCUGUUCCGAUGUAGACAUUUUCCGGUGUUACCUAAAGUGAACGUUGUUUGCAUUUUUAUUAUUUAAACAUACGUAGUAAAACGAGGAGGCAUAACAUUAAUUAACAAUUAAUGAAUGAGGCUGAGUAUCUUAUGAAGAAUUAUGGAGAUCGAGGAGGGUGUUAUCCGGAUAACACCCUCCGAGAUCUCCAUAAUUGUUCAUAUUUUACGAAAGCUGAAUUUUUAUCAUUCAUUCAAAAUAAUUCCUAGUUUUUAAAAAAACAUAGCUAAAACAUGCUUACCUCCUCCGAUGUUAAGUUCAUCUUCGAAAUAGUAAACAAAGAAAAAUAGCAGAUGUUACCCUUCGAGUUGUCUUCUUGCUGUUCUUGCCAUGUUAUUAUUUCGCCUAGUUCUUACUCUUGAAACGAGUGAAAUGUUCGCCAUUUUUGUUUUCAGAACCAAAACAACUCAACCUCGUCCCCAGGUCUUCUCGGUUAACGGUGCAUUAACUUGCAAGAAAGCUGCACUUUUAACGUCAUCGGUUCAUUAAACACAAAAUUCUUCCCAAUUUGGUCAUCAGUAGCUGGUUAUGGUGAAUUAUACGUGUGCUUUUAGCCAAUGAGAAUCGGGGAAAUAUUUUGAAUGAAUAAUAAGAAAAGAUAUAUGUUCCAGAAGUCUGUCAGUCUGAAAUCGAUGGUUUCCUUUAUAUACCAUCAUAUGACAUGGGAUCCUUAUUUCUUCUUUUAGCUGAUCCAAUGUUAGCAGGGCCGUCCAUUCCUACUCGUUGGAUGCUAAUUUCUACCUUUUUUUCUCAACAGCUGAUCCGAUGUUUGCAGAAUUGGAAUGUUUGUCCAUUGAUGAGAUAAUAGGGCCGGACAAAAGCGAUGGACCAAAUUCACAUUGCUGUUCUUGUUUAUUAGUUUGAAACAGUGUUAAGGAUUAUUGACAACGACUUUCUGAAGCAGUCGUUUACUCCAUGACAAAGCUGUUGAUAGGAAUGUUAUUGAGCAUUGCUAGCCCCAAGAGUGUCAGAGCUCAAGGUCGUACCUUUACUUUCGUGAUCGGAAGGUUUUGAGGACUUUUGAGGACCGAAGCGGGUGAGCUAUGUUCAGGCAGAACGUUUCAUUUAAAUCCAUACAUUAUGCAGAAUGCGAAUUUCUUUGUUCCGUGAACAUCGAAGGUCAGUUCGUUUAAAAACUUGUGAGAUUGGGCAGCAGGCGUAGUUACAGAACCUUUUUAUCAACUUCCGAAUGUUUGGACAAUCAACCAAUCAAAAUCACUUCUCGGUUUUCGGGUAGUGACGUCACUGGACGGCAUUGCGGCUCGUUGAUUCAGACGUCUUUCUCAGGAGUUUGCAACUUUAGGAGAAGACUGAAAUUCAGGCUAACAGUAGUUAUCAUGGUAUCAUUGUAUAUUGUAGUAGCUUUUUAGUUCUUAGAAAGCCCUGAACACAAAAUUAAAUUCUUUCGGUUGUCUUCUUGUAUAUGUAGGCGGCGAAGAAUCUACGAGGAAGGGAAAGACAAAAAAAAAGCAUAAAGAGGGUCGGGUGACAGAAGGUAGGCUGAAAUUCAGUCAUAAGCUUCAUGUAAAUAGCGUAUGCCACGAUUCCACAACUAAGGGCCCUUCGAAAGUAACGAUUAGUUUUUCAGAAAAAAAUAUUUUUCAGCACCAACAAUUUGUUAAAAGUUUAGCAGAGCUUUCGGAACCCAUCCGGAUUCCUUCAUUAGUAAUGACGUUUGCUGUUAUUCGCAGCCUCGGUUUGAUGAGGCUGCAAAAUUGUUCCAUUAUUGAUUAUUUUCUUUCUUUCACUGAAACCUCGAAUGUAAUGGUCCCACGAGAGUAGCGAUUCAGUCUUCCGAAAAUCGUGCGCCUUUCAAAAAAACCCUCCGUCAAAAACAGAGGAAGGCAAUGUGUCUUAUAUAGAGGAUCUUACUAAGAUACACCGUUUCCGUGCACAGGUACGGCGGGAAAAUGACCCGGAGAAAGGGCAAAGCCACUGGGUAGAACACUGACGUCAUCUUGGAAAUAUGGGCCUCCUUUUUUAUAAUUACGUGGCAAACAUGUUGGCUUAUCCGAGCCUGUUUUUAGUCCCAAAAACCCUUUACUUACUGCUGUAGAACUAUGUAAGCAGUGAAUAUGUUAUAUUUAGUUAAAACUUCAAAUCGUAAUGCCUACUUUCGCAGUUUAUUUUCACAAAUAUAAAUACAUUCUCUUGACAACUAGAACCCUCUAAAAACACGUUUCUAGUGCCAUUCUACGAAUAAAUUGCCCUCAGCUGGAUCAAACUACAAAGAAACUCGGGAAUGAAAAUACUUUAUUCAUAAAUAUUUUAAAAAAAACGUAAGACGCCAAACGCGUUUUGCCUUUCCUGGUUUACCUUGAAAUCAUCUCUUCGUGUAAACGAUUGCUAGACUACAAAUAACCCGAACGCUUUUAAAAUAUCCGAAAGUAGCCCCUACCCGAAAGGAACGACCUCUUUGAUCUGCUCAACCUCUCUCGUUACUUUCCAAGUUGUACGAUAACAGCUUAUUUUGUUCCAUGAAAUUCGAUAUCAACGUGAUCAAGCAGCUAAAACAGAUUUGUUUAAAGACCUCUGAGAAAGGCAGAUAUAAGUGGCUGUAGCACAGUCCUGAGAGCCUCUGAUGGAGUGGAAGUCUGUGUCUUUAUCAUAGUAGCCUCUUACGAGCAAGUCUCAAAACGUUAUGUACAUUAAAUGAAAACUUUUCGGUUGUUCUCUUGUACAUUUAGGUGACGAAGAAUCUCCACGUAAAAAAAAGAAAAGAAAGCAGCAUAAAGCGCAUCGGGUGACUGAAGGUAGGCUAAAAGUCAGCGUCAUGUAAAUCAAUUGUUCAUACUGAACAACCUACAAAAUACUUCACAACAAUAAAAACAGAACGUAACCUUACUUUGUUCCGUGAAACUCGGUAUCAAAGUAAACAUACGGUAUUUUGUUUUAAUCUGAAAUUUAAUUUGAUUGAUUGAGCAUCUGUGCCUGGUUUUAUAACAUCUGUUUGUAACAGGUCUUAGGAAGUGAUGAACUAAAUCCUGAAAUUAAAUGUUUCGUUUGUUUAUUUUUCAUAUCAAGGUGACGAAGAACCUCGUCGAAAGAGAAGCAAAAGAGAAUAGGAUAAAGGACAGUGGAUGACUGAAGCAGAAGGUUCGCUGAAUGUCAUAAUCAGUCAUCGUAUUUACUCGAAAAAGCGCCGCGCUGCUUAUAAAAAUUUCCACGCUUCAAAUGCGGCGCUUAUUCGAUGGCGGCGUUUCUUUGAAAGUUAGACUCGACAAAGCGUUAUUUUAACUAUGGUAUCAUUAUUUUCCGUAUUAAUUUAUUACAGAAUUAACAUCUUUUGAUUUGAUUGUAUCAGGGCCGCGGCGCUUAUUGCCAAAAUGCGGCGCUUAUUUGAGGAAAGACGGUAUUUAAAUUCAAUCGAUUUAAUAGCAUGUACCAGUACAACUGGAUUUAUAUUACCCCCAGCAACAGUUGUUUAGUGAAAGAGUAGAAAAAAAAAUUACUCGCGGGUAAUCGGCUGCUAUAGCCACAUGCACUCACUCACGUUUCCUUUUUUCCUGCUUCUGUCACCAGUAUAAGAAAUUUAUAGAGUUAAUUUGGCGAUUAACGCCCUGGUUGUUUGAGUACCAAUGAGACACUAGCGAGCCCCAGUUAACAGUUUCUGCGUUACAACCAUUUUCAUUUUAUGUAGUAAACCUAACCGACCGUUAUAAAUAAACAAACUACAAACUGUAUAUUAUUAAAAAAAAAAAAAAAAAGUCAGGAUCGAGGUCUUAGAUGAAAGGUUCCUUGCGAUGCACCUUGGUAUGUUGUGUAAGAUUUUCCAAGGAGGCAUUUUCCCGUGUUAACUUCAGCGGUCAAUGAAUGGACUUUUUAUGACAUAUUGCAUGAGUACUUCAAAUAAUUGCAAAACUAAACCGCAUCGUAUUGAGGGAGCAGUAUACUUAAAGGUCAUGAGUAUGUAAUUGGUGUUUCGCGCUGCACUAUAAUGUCACUUGCGGUGAUCCUAAUUUGUAGCUUUAUUUCUCUGCAGAUGGUCCGGUUUUAGCGGGAGCUCCUAUAAUUCCUAUAGAGUGCAUUGAUCCAGCCACGGUCUGGCACCCUUCGAUGGAAACCUCCCUCUUAAUUCAUGGUUUGCGGGGAUCGUCACUGUUUGGCCGGGGAAUUGUAACAGUGGUUCUGUUACGUUCUUAG